AUGGACCGAGGUAUUCAUCAAACUAUGCAGCAAAACAAUAACAACUAUCAACGUACAGAUUUAAUACUUAUUUCUGCAGCUAUAUCACAGACUAACGUAAAAUCUGAAAUUAUUCGUCUACGAGGUCGACCUUUAAUAUCACCUGAUGGAAGAAUAAGAUUAAUGAAUAAUUAUUCAUAUACAAAAACUAGAGAUUUGCUACUAAAAAUUUUUGAAAAGAAACCAGAUCAGCUUCAAGUUAUAUUAAACGAAUUACAUUUAGCUAUGAAAUCAAAAACUAAAAUACAACGAAAUGUAAUAUCAAAAAGAACACGUAUGAACGUAAUUAGAAGCGGACUUAUUCAAUUAAAUCGGUUUAAAAAAUGUUCAAAAACGUUUGUUUUAAAAAACGAUUAUAAUUUCAUAGACUUUAAUCAAUUUUUUGACUACGGUUUUGAAAUGAUUGUUUGUAAAUUAAAAAAAAUGACACAACAAACUAGUAUUAAAUUUAACUUAUAUCUCGACUGUGUUUAUGUACAUGUGUUAACACAGGAAUACCGAGAUAUUUCAUUUAAAACAGUGAAUGUGUUGGCAUAUACAAAUUCAAAUUUCGAAAAUUUAUUAAAAAAAAUGUUUGAUAAAAUUAACAAAGAGGAAAGUAAUUUUGUAACUAAAGGAAGUGGUUGGAGUUUAUAUUCAAUUGAUGCAUUACAAUUAAGAAUCAAUAUUGUAAACUCUUUAACCGGAUCUUCUUAUGUAAUUUUACCAGAAUGUAUAAGGAAUAAGAAAGCUGUUAUAAAUGUAAAAAAUAAUGAUAACAAAUGUUUCAAAUAUGCAAUUUUAACAAAAUAUAAUACUCGUUCAGAUAAAACUAAAUUUAGUAAUCAAUAUUUUAAAAUACUUGAAAAAAAAAGUAGAUUAAAUUUUCAUUGUAUCGAUUUUCCGACACCAGUUAAUCAAAUUAAAUCAUUUGAACGUUUAAAUAAUGUAUCAGUUAAUGUUUUUAGUUUAGAUAAUAAAAAUGUUGUUUUCCCAUUAUAUAUGAAUAAUGUGGAAAGUAAAAACCAUUUCGAUCUGCUUUUAAUUAAUAAUGGUAUAACGUCACAUUAUUGUUUUAUUAAUGAUUUUUGUAGACUUAUUCGUAAUCAAAAGACGAAACAUAAAUCUAAAUUAAUUAUAUGUAAAAGAUGUUUUACAGUUUUUAGUAAUAUUCCUUGUAAAUUCAAACUAUGGGGUAUUGAUGGGUUAAAAAAACAUAAAAAAAUUUGUGGAAAACAUAAACUUGGAAGACCUGUAAUGUUUGAUAACGGUGAUGACGAUACUAUUUAUUUUAAAAAUUUUAAAAGAUCUCAACGAAUACCUAUAGUAAUUUAUUCUGAUUUUGAAUGUUAUUUAAAACCUAUAAUAAACAACCAAGACAUUAAAACUAAGACAUUGAUAACUCAUAAACAUAAACCUAUGAGUUAUGCAUUUUACGUAAAAAUAGAUUAUGACAUUAUACCUAAAUAUUUAAUAAAAAAUAUAAAAUUCCAACAAAACUUCAUGUUUAUAGAAAUCGUAAUGCAGCAAAACAUUUCAUAA